AAAAUGGCGGACGCAAACGAAAACACGAGAGGGGGGGGAAGCCCAAGGAGGGGCUUGCGCCGUGGCACCGCCCACUAAAGCGGGUGUACUUUCCAGAUUUUUUUUUGUAAUUUAGAAAUUAGUGCAUACUGCAUACAGAUUUAUUAGACCUGGCUGUUACAAAAAUUAUUUAAAAACAGAACGCAUACAAGGCAAGCCUACAUUUAAUUGAUUGCGAAAUAUAGGCCUAUAAUAUGUUUGCCCGAUCGUUGUAAACUGUAUGCUAUCGAUAAUUGAGAACAGGCAUGUUUAAACGUAUAAAACAAUUUUGACACAGUUUUACUCUGAAGGGCAAGCCGGAAGUGUAUAGUAAACCCCCUGGCCGGAUUGGGCAGUGAGCAGUUCAGUGUCAGCUGUGUACUUUGACAACACUCCUAACUUUGGCUCGGUACUUCGCCGCCUACUGCUGACAGACAGUGGCAGUUGUUUUCUAAUUUUGUUCUAAUGCAUUUUAUCACGACUGUCUAUAGGUAGUUUGCUCGCUUUUCAACAUACAAGUGUAUUUUUGCCUGCUAAAUGGACACUGUUCAGAAACUGGUGUCGGGCUUUAAAUUGGACCUGGAGCCACUGAAGGAGCCCAUAGGAUUCAUUCGUGUACUAGAAUGGAUUUUUGCCAUCUUUGCCUUUGCUACAACUGGAGGCUACAGUGGGUCGACCAGCCUGAUAGUUGAAUGUCCAGACUCAGGCGAAAAGGAUGUGAUAGCUGUUUUUGGAUACCCCUUCAGGUUACCAUCUUAUUCCUACACCAUUCCAUCGUGUACCCAAGCUCCAGCCUCAGAGCUGUUUCUACAGGGUGACUUCUCCUCCUCCGCAGAGUUCUUUGUCUGUAUUGGGGUGUUUGCAUUUCUGUAUUGCACUGCUACACUUGUUCUCUACUUGGGCUUCCAAAGUGUGUAUCGUGAGACAAGCCGUGGACCCACCAUAGACUUGUUAGUGACAGCAAGCUUUGCCUUCUUAUGGUUGGUGUCAUCCUCAGCUUGGGGCAAAGGUCUGACUGAUGUUAAAUGGGCCACUAACCCUAAGCACCUGAUUGAGACAUGCCAGGAGUGCAAGGUCAAAGAAUGGCCAUCCAUGGGUCGACUCAAUGCCUCUGUGAUCUUUGGCUUCUUAAACCUGAUCCUGUGGGCAGGCAAUUGCUGGUUUAUUUACAAAGAGACUCCAUUCCAUAAAGAUCCUGUCCCAACAAAUGUGUCUGUAGAAGAUGGAGAAGGCCCAACUUCCUACUCCCAAUAGUGAGAAACUUCACUCUACGGUUCAUCUGCUUUACUCAGUGUAGCCUAUGAACUAUUUGUCAGCUUUUUACUUAACCAUAGAUUCAUUUUUAUUACUUUUCAUUUCUUGUGACUGAAUGAAAUACUAAAUAAUAUAAAACUGGUUUCUGUUAUCAGUGUGAAACUGUGAGCUCUAGUAAAAUGAUGACCAUAAUGAGACCAGGAAGACAGUUAUCCUACUCUUCUGCUGUCUGCUUUGGAUUAUCUUUCCAUUUGUCUCUUAUAAUCACAUAGCCGGCUCAAGGAUGAAUGAUUAUUAUACAAUUCGUGUUUUUGUUUUUUUUUGUAUGUUGUUUGAGGUUGGAAACCACUGUAAUUUCAGUUGCUGUUUGUAUAAUAUGACUCUGGGUCAGGACACUGAUUAUAAUAGUAGCGUAAAUACUUUGAAUAAGUACUAUACUAUUACUGUUACUGUUACUAAUACUGUUUGUCUUUUAAUAUUGUAGAUUUUAGUAAACUAUCACAUAGCAAUUUAUUCACAUCUUAUAGCAAUGUCACACUUUGAACAUAAUGUAUGUAUGAUGCUGAGUCAAAUGGUUUUCCUUUUUAAUAAUCAUAAGUUACCGUCAGCUGGGACAGGGUAGGUGAAAAAAAAACAGAAUUACUCAAACACGCUUGAAUCAGUCAAACACCCAGCUAAAGAGGGAAAACAAUUAUUACAUGGUUAUAAGCUCAAAGGGUUUUUUUUUUUUUUUUUUUUUGUUUUUUUUUUGCUCACUUGUUUCAACAAAAGUGUUUCUUUGGUGCUCAGAGCAGUCUAUUUUAUUUAAGUUGAUCUUUUGAGGUUUCUGUUUAUUUCAGUGUAUGCCAAGUUAAUUUCUUUCAAUAAAGCUUAAUGAUUAUUA